AUGCAAAUAACUAAGACAGAGACGGAGAGAACAAAUGAUGAGAAGGUCGUAGAAUACUUGCACUCAAAGGGUUUCUUUGAAGAUGAGAGUGAAUCAAUUCAAAGAGAAAGAGUGCUGGGAAAGCUUAGCAAUUUAGUUAAUAAAUUUAUCAUGGAUAUAGCUAAGAGGAAUCAAAUCCCAAUAGACAAAAAGAGUCUUUCUAAAAUAUUUACUUUCGGGAGUUACAGGCUUGGAGUUCAUUCAUCCGGAGCAGACAUUGACACGCUUUGCGUUGUUCCCAAUUUUGUAAGCAGAAAUGAAUUCUUCACAACGUUUUAUGACGAGCUGUGUUCAAAGGAUUACAUAACAGAAAUAUCAAAAGUAACAAAUACGUUUGUUCCUCUAAUAAAGUUCAAGAUAAAAACCAUCCCGAUAGAUUUAGUCUUUGCUCGGGUCGAUCUGCCUUCUAUUUCUCCAAAUAUUGAUUUGUUGAAUAAUAAGCUGUUAAAGCAUAUGAGUGAAAAGUGUAUUUUGAGUUUAAACGGUAACCGAGUGACAGAUGAAAUACUUGCACAAGUACCAAAUAUUAGCACAUUCCAUAAAACACUGAGAUUUAUUAAGUACUGGGCACAAAAAAGACAGGUUUAUGGCCAUUCAUAUGGGUAUAUGGGAGGUGUGGCAUACGCAUUAUGCGUUGCAAAAGUUUGUCAGCUCUACCCAGGGGCUGACGCAUUUGAAACAAUUGAAAAAUUCUUUGACGUAUUCUCAAAGUGGCCGUGGCCACAGCCUGUUAUUAUUAAAGAGGUGCCAGAUUGUAAUUAUAACUUAAAGGUGUGGAACCCCAAGAUUAAUCCACAGCAUAAAAAUGAUAAAAUGCCAGUGAUAACCCCGGUUUACCCACCACUCUGCUCCACGCAUAAUAUAACAAAUAGCACACUAUUCGUAGCGAAAAAAGAAUUCUUGAGGGGGGUUGCAAUAUUCUCAGAGAAUGCGGAUAAAAAGGAUCCAAUGAAGAUAUUAGACCAAUUAUGUGAAGAUGCUGAUUUUUUCACAAGGCACAAGACGUAUUUCAUGAUUGCCCUGGCGUGCGACAAUCCAAAGGAGUUUUCUAGGUUUAUGGGAUUUGCAGAAACACGUGUAAGAAUGUUUGCACAGAAAUUAGAGAAUAUUGAAAAUAUUGAGUACGCAUAUACAUUCCCCAAAAAAUACAUAUUAGAAGAUGUCACAAGUAAAAAUGUUCCACUUUUAAAGGAAUUAAAGUGCGGGGAUGAUUCUUAUGCAUUUGGUGCGUUUUUCAUUGGAAUAGAUUUUUCAACGGUAAAGCUUCCACUGAAUGCAUCUAAGAAGAUGAACCUUAAAAAACCGGUUCUUGAAUUUAAAAGUUCAUUGGAGACAUACGAACAGGAAGAAGACUGUGAAAUGAGAUACGAAGCAAUUCCAAUGAAACAAAAAGCACUUGCACCAAUUCUUAGCCUUUUUGCACCGAAAGACAGCUUGAAAAGAAAAUUCACAGAAGAAACAGAAGAGAAUAGAAAAAAAUAAUAAAUUUUUAAUACGGCA